AUGGCUGAACAAGAAGAACAACGACUGCGACAACAACAACAACAACAAGAGGAGGAAGCGGAGGAGGAGGUGAAGGAACAACAAGAACAAGUAAAUAACCAAAGCCGUCUGCCAAGCGAUUGGUUUUAUUCGUCUGUUAUGUUAACUAACCGUUUGGAUAUCGGUGAACAUGCUAGCAUUGAUAGUUACCAAAUGGAUCAUUUGGAACAAAAUGAUCAAUCAUCAUUAACCUUUAACAAUCUUCCGGAUCCAGAAUUUUUGCAUAUUUGUCGAAAUGCUGAUGCAUCAAACGAUAUAUACCCUAAUAUUGUGACUACUGCUUCAUCAUCCUCUUCUCCUUCCGUACAAAGGAAAUCAUCAAUUCAGACUACCUGUCUAGAAACAACUAUUCCGCAUGACAAAAUUAUUCAAAAUCGAGACAUACUAAUCAAAGAUUCAAUUAGUCCAUCGAAUAUGAGUGAUAGUGCUAGUUUUACUCAUACAGUUGUCAGCAAUCCGAAUUUUCAAAUGACCAAUCAAUCUAGCAUGCAUCAUACCUUACAAAUGCAAUAUCAAAAUAAACGUAAUCAGUGUGCUAAUAUGCGUAAAUCACGUACAACAUCAAUCUGUAAUAAGAAAGUUAGAAGUAGCAGUAGCAGAAAAAAUGAUAAUAUUCAGCUAGAAAGGGUCGAAAAAGUAGAAGUAGAAGAUAGUGACGGCGGUGAUGGUGGAGGAGCACCGCCCAAUGUACUUUAUUCGCACUCAACAACAAAUAGCUCCGAUAAAAUGAAAUGGAAUUGUGGUGUGAGGUGGCCAACAGCAAAACGAACCGGAAUGUUCACGUCAUCUUAUUCAGUGCAUAUUGAUGCGCACGACAAUUCAGGCACAACAGAUGACGGUACAGCAACAGUAACGGAUAUUGCUGGUAGUGAGGAAGUGAUAGAAUCAACGAUGAUUGAUAUGGAUUCGAAAUUUGAUGGAAAUAUUGGUGAAGUUAUUCAAAAGAUGGAGGUAAAGACAGUUUUUGAUAGUGAAAGAACAAAAAAUAUUACUGUUUCAAAGGCACCAAUGCAACAACUUCAAUCUCAAUCAAAUUUAACGGAUGCUACAGUCACCGUUACAGCAGUACGAUCACCAUCUUCAUCAUCAUCAUCAUCAUCAAAGACUGAAUUGGAUGAACAAUCUUUAUCACCAACAGCUUCACUUGAAGGUUUAUCAUUGCCAUCCAUAAAGGUACCAAUCAAAAAACGACGCAUACAUAGUUCCCUUACACAAGUACCUUAUAAUAAAAGUGCAAAAACGACAAAUACCUGUACGAACAUUCCACUGAAUACGUAUGAUACCUUUUCGGAGCAUCAUCAACAUCUACCAACAACUAUCGCUUCUGGUGCAACAGUCACAAGUACUGCUACAGAGAGUGCAUUCUCGAGCUGCUACCAAAUGGCAACAACAGGAUCAACGGGUACCAUGAUCAAUGAGGAUCCUAUGCCACCUGUAACUACUUGUCAGAAACUACCACUGACUGGUAAUGAUGUUUGCGGAAGUGUGCUGAAUGAUCAGGCCGUCAGGAUUGUAUCCAGCUUUGAUCCAUUACCUAUAACAAUGGCGAAUAGCUUAUCCGAAGCAGAAAUCGUUAACUUAUUAUGUCGAAAUCUUUGCGAUAUUGAACGUAUUGUCGCACAGCAGCGGAUUGCUUAUUCCGCAGCAUCGGCAGUCCAUCUACCGUCACUACUACCACAAGCUAACGGUGAACAGAAAUCACAGGUAAAUUAUACGGGUCCAAUGAUUGUACCAGAUCAUCAACAACCAGAUCAGCAACAGCAUCAUCAUCACCACUAUCAGAAUACUGCCGUAGAGCGACGACGGUCUGGUACUAUAGAUAGCAGCGAUACUCGGCGGUUUCAUCCAUAUGCGGCAGCAACAACAACAACAAGAGAAGUACCAGCAGCGGCUUGUUGUAGCAAUAGUAUAACCGUUUGGUCACCAUCGAUACCACCUCAAGCUGAUCUCAAGCAAAAAUAUCUCCGUUCUCUAGCACCUGUGCUUUACGAUUUGUUAACCGAUGAUUGCGAAUCCAAGAAUUGUCAAAAAAACACUGAUUCGAUGAAUUGUUCAAUUUUAAAAAGUUGUAUGGAACCAUCUAUGGAUUCCUAUCUUCGAUCUUUAUCAUUGUUAGCUGCAACUGCUAGUCUUCCGAUUACUACUAAUAACAAAUUUGAUCAUUUACCAUUUAAUUAUAUUGACUAUUUUACCCUUCAGCAAUGUAGUUUAUUACUUGGAUCAGCACCAGUAACAUCCACUGAUUUGCUCAAAUUGGCUCAAUCAGCAAAUCUUCUGUAUAAUGCCGCUGUAACCACACCAACAAUUAAUCCAGACACAAUGUUAUCCGAUAAAAUUCCGUUCACCAGCAAAAUUGAUCAGCAUUCCGCUUCAAAUUCCAUCAACGGUUCGUAUCCACAAUCAUCACAACAAUCAACAAUGCUUACUGUUGAUAAUGAACCAUCAUGUUGA